AUAAUUACAUCCAAUUAUCACUCCUUUUAUGCAAUGAUUCAUCUCUAUUUGAGGCUUAUUAAAUUAGCGUCCCACAGUGGUGUGAAAAGCAGAGCCCGGGCUGCUCUGUUUGUUGUUCUGCCCUCUGCACGAGUAAGACUACACGCUAGGUUAAGCACUAAAUUGGGUAACCGUCCAGUGACGGCAGAUAAACACCUGCUCGUACAGAUCAUCUCGAGCCCGAGGUUGACGGGAACUGCUUCAAUACAACAAACAUUUGGAGCGGAAAUCGAUCAAAGAGAGGGGGGAUUUGGACUGAAAAUGUCAUCCAUGAAAGGAAAGAGAAAAGAAUAUCUGACUGUGAAGGAUCUGCAGAAGGUUUUGGAUUCUUGCAAACUACAUCUCAAUGAAGUAGAUGAGGUGUGGCCAAAAAUAUACAUAGGGAAUGUGGCAGUUGCCCAAAACAAGGCUGCGCUGCUGAAAUUAGGUAUAACUCAUGUAUUAAAUGCUGCACACUCCAAGCGAGGCAGCAUAGGGAACCAAAGCUUUUAUGGCAACACCAUUGUGUAUUGUGGCAUUCCUGCAGAAGACUCCACGCACUUUGAUCUGGAUGUUUACUUCCAGCAUGCAGCUGAUUUCAUUCAUAAAGCGCUCAAGUCACCUGAUGGGAGGGUUCUGGUGCACUGCAUCAUGGGAAUGAGCCGGUCAUCGACCUUGGUGUUAGCUUACCUCAUGAUCUACCGCCACCUCACACUCAAACAGGCUUUGCAGAAACUACUUCAGAAGAGAGCGAUCUAUCCCAACAGGAAUUUCCUGGCUCUGCUGCUGGAUCUGGAUCUUCAGCUGACGAAGAAAAAGAAAACUUGUCAGAUCCUUUAAAUAAGUUUACAUGUUUAGGUCACACAGGAACACUGUUGCUAGGACUGAUAAUUUCAGUAUAUUUAUUUUUUUGAAGCUAAUGAAUUAAUGUGAAGUUUUGUUAAAAUGAAUGAUGAAAAUUCCUCCAGGCUCACAAAUAUCAUGUUAGCGACAAGUUAGCAUGUAAAACAAAACAAAAAUGGUGGAGUUGAACACAUCACUCUGUUGCAUUUAGUUAAACUGCUCUUCCUCAGUUUUUUAAUAGCAUCCUAAAUAUAACAAAACCAUUAUCAACAUGCUAGCAUAGUUAGCAUGAUAGGCUACAGAGGAAUAGUGAAUU